UACUGUCUUCUAUGUGCUACAUGGAGAGUAGGAGCAGAUAUCAAUUCAGAGGGAUUUGAAAGGGGAGAAGUCUUGUUCAAGUGUUCACACAGUUAUGCACGGGAAAAUAAUAAAUACCUCUGUAAGAACUCCUGUAAAAGCAGAGAAGAUGUUAUGCUUACUGUGAAACCUGGAAAAAGAUCAGAGUCAGAGAGGAUAACUCUGGAGGACUCAGGCGAUGGGGCCUUCACCGUGACCUUUAGACAACUCCAGCUGUCGGACUCAGGGCGCUACUGGUGUGCUGUGGAAAGGACGGGUUUUGAUACGUUCAUUGCAGUUCAUCUUACUGUAAAAAAAGCUGUUGUUACUGAGACAACAACCGUCACACAUGUGCCCUCCUCUACAUGGACAUAUCAGGAUAUUUCUGAAUCAACACAACAAACAUCUGGAAUAACCACUGGCUGUCCCACAAACAUUUCAACAGCCUCAAACUGCACUAAUGGAGGAAAACAAACCAGCAGUACAGGCACGGUGCUGUACGUUACUAUCGGAGGUGGUAUGGCGUUAGCCAUUGUGGUUCUGGCUACGUGGUUCAGAAGAAGCAGAAAGAGAUCAAACCCUCAAUCACAUGUGCACUCCAACAGCACAGGCCUCGUCAGUGCAGAUAAAAGAGAGCAGGUGACAUGCAAGCACCCUGAGGCUGGUGAGAAGAAGCAGUCAAUGAAAAAAUCAUCCAAGAGUCGCUCUUCUCCUCACACGGCAAAACAGAAUCCCCCAAAAGCUGCGUCCACAGAAACUGCGUGUAGCGAUCCCAGUCCUGUCUAUGAAAACAUCUGCUGCUCUAGUAGUGCUGCGGAUUACAGAUACACAGACAAGCCGGACGUCAGCUCCGGGGUCUACAUCAACCCUUUGCCACUUAAAGUAUCUGAAAGCAUGAGUGAUGGCUCCUCUGGAAGAUACACAACCAGCAAUACAGCAGCCAGAAAUGUCAGAAACAAACCCUCACAGUGCGCCGCACCUGUCUGUGAGUCCUCAGACAGCAGGCCCAAAUCUCUCUGGUUUGGUUUGGAUUUAUCUGGAACUGUCUGAGUUACUCUUGAAAAGGAACCCUACAUUAUAAGACACAUUGACCUCAAUAGAUUAAAACAGUGUAUUUUAUACAGUACUGUGCAGAACUUUUAGGCAUGUUUGUGCUAAAGUAAGGUGUAAAUGUGACGAGUAAGCUGCCUGAGGGCGGUUCAGAGGACUGACACAACCCCAGUCAUGCUUUGGAUGUCCUUGCACAUUACCAGGAGCAUGUGAAAAUAAUCUGUUGAAAAUGAUCAAAGUCAGCACCUUUAGGCUGGAGUUUUAUGCUGGGAACAAGCAAAGCCUUAUAAAUAUUAUAUUUCAUUUUUACCAAGUUUGUUCAGCUAAAUGUUUCAAGGCUGACCUAACUCAAGAGAGGUCCAGCCAAUCUGUGACAAAAGAUCACUCCAAGCGACUCAGAAAAAGGUUAUUGAAAAGUGUAAUUUCCAAGGCCAUUGAACAACUCCCAGAGCCCCAGAGAUCAGAUCAAUCCAUCAUUGAGAAAUAUAUGUAAUAUAUAUAUAUUAGGGCUGUCAAAGUUAACACAUUAAUAUUGUGUUAACGCAAAAAUUCUUUUAAUGCCACUAAUUUCUAGCUUUUAGCUUAGCGUUAUACAUAUAUAUGUAUAAAAACAUUAUAUUUAUAUUUUUCAAAAUGUUGUAAUGAAGAAAAGGUGGAAAAAAGGAAAAAAAGUUUUGAUGGAAAUUACAAAACACAUGUAUCUACAUAAUAUAUCAAAUAUUUUACAACUUAAAUGAAACUUAAAAU